UCGUCGUAAGUUCGUAACCACAGCGCAGUUUUUGAGGUUGGGCCAAGUGCAGGUUGGAGCCAGCCACAGCAUUAUCCAUUCUUUCUCUUCACUCUUCAUAUCAUUCCAUGCCAGCUGGUCAUCCCUGCGGUAACGAUAAUAACACACCCGGCCGGCAGGACGAAUCCUGCUCCCUGGUCAGUCCAACAACCCAGUCGAUGACCUGCAUUUCCCUGCUUCCGCGACGAAAUCCACCAAUCCCACCCGUGGACGCGGCCUGCCAUUGACCGACCCAAGUCGAUAACGCCAUACUCCAACAACAUCUUGAUCUGGAGAACACGCAUUCAUCUUUACCUCUAUAAGGUACCUUUGACCACGCAGUUCCUCAGGGCGCGUUCUUUAUUCUUACACCGGGCCUUAAGCCAACCCUCAAAAUGCCUCUCUCCGACUACUUUACCAGUCCGACCUCUUUUCAAGGCCGACAAUUCCUCGGAGCCUUGGUCGCUCGUGACCAAACACCUAUUCUUGACAAUGCCAUCGAGAUCCUGAAGAGCAGCGCUCCCCGACAUUCCGGUCAUCCCAACUUCGGCCAUCUCACCCUCCUCGUUUUCGAAGCUGUUCUCGAGGUCGUGUGCGUUAGUCUGCCAGGCUAUAUUGUGGCAAGACAGGGAAUGUUCGAUGCAGAGUCACAAAAGUUUCUGGCCAACCUUAAUGUCAUGCUGUUUACGCCAUGUCUGAUCUUCCAGAAACUGGCUUCGCAGCUGACCGCCGAGAAGUUGGCUGACCUGGCUAUCAUUCCAGUUAUAUUCAUCGUACAGACAACAGUCGCCUACAUUGGGGCUCGGAUAAUCGCACGAUUCUGCGGGUUCAAAAAGAGACAGGAAAACUUCCUCAUUGCUAUGGGUGUAUUUGGCAACUCCAAUUCGCUACCUAUAUCCCUCGUAUUGGCACUGUCGAAGACGUUGAAGGGGCUGCAUUGGGACAAGGUGCCUCAUGAUAAUGAUGACGAGGUGGCGGCGCGAGGAAUCCUGUAUCUCCUCGUCUUCCAGCAGCUGGGACAAUUGCUGCGUUGGAGUUGGGGUUACAACGUAUUGCUGGCGCCACCGGAGGCAUACACUGUGGCCGAGGGCGGCACAAAACAGAUUGAUGAGGCGGAACGAGGGCGAGGCGAAUACCGAGACGAGGUGGAUUCAGAUCGCGAACAGACGAGACUUAUCAGCCCAGACUUUGAAGGAGAUAGAGACAGCAGCGAUGACUUUGAGGAGUAUGAGGAUGACCGGACUCAGGUAGGGACCGAGUCUCCAACGGCGUCCAAAUCUGACGGACACAAGACACCUCGCAACAAAGCAUCCGCAAAGUCCUCUAGAAACUCGUCGCAACGGAAUCUCAAUGGUUCGGCUGGCGCCCCGGAUCUUAUGCCUACGCCAACGAACGGAAUGGUGGCUCCACAUCAUAGCCCUGACUACCCAGCAUGGCUGAAAGCGCCAGAGAACCAAAAAUACGACGAAGACUGCGGUGGCAUCAAAGGAAAAGUGAACAAGGCGAGAAACAUCGCCAGAUACCACAUCUUCCAUGUCGGCCAUGUUAUCCGAUCGAAUUCGCAGGCUGCUUUCGCAAAACUUCCAGCACCGGUUCAGAAGGUUAUGACGGUGGUGUGGAACAGGAUCUAUCGAUUCUUCGCAGGCCUGUGGGAGUUCAUGAAUCCUCCCCUCUGGGCAAUGUUGAUUGCGAUCGUUGUGGCAUCAAUUCCGAGGUUACAGCAUCUCUUUUACGACAAUGGCACCUUUGUGCGCAAUUCUGUCACGCGAGCCAUUGACCAAAGUGGUGCUGUUGCAGUUCCGCUCAUCUUGGUUGUUCUGGGAGGCAAUCUUGCAAAGAACACCGUACCAAAAGAAACCGUGGGAGCCAUCGCUGAUCCGCAAGAGGAAAGAAAGCUCCUUUAUGCGUCGCUGAUUGCCCGUAUGGUGCUUCCCACGUUGAUAAUGGCGCCUAUACUUGCUGUGAUUGCCAAGUACGUACCAGUGAGCAUUGUGGAUGACAAGAUCUUUGUUAUUGUGGCUUUCUUGCUAGCUGGGGCACCUGUUGCGCUUCAGAUCGGGCAGAUCACCACUCAAAACAAUGUUUACCCUGGUCUGAUGAGCAGGAUCCUAUUCCAGAGCUACGUGGUCUGGAUCCUGCCCUCGACAUUGAUCUUGGUGCUGCUGGCAUUGGAGACGGUCGAAUGGGCAACGAUGUGAGCAGGUUGGAGUGUUUUACAGUAGAGUUUAAUGUGUACCAUAGCUGCUUGUUCCAGAAGGGCGUUUUAUCAAGAUGCUGGAACACUGAACAUAGGGAGUUGUCAAAAUCUGAGUGCAUCCGGCGUCUGGGUUCUCAGACGCAGAUGUCAACGGGCAGGGCAGCAUUAUUGGCGUAGGUUGUGAUUUGUCAUUUGGGUUUAGG